AAAUGUUCUGUGCAAACUGCAUUUGUAUUUCUAGCUGAGGUCUGGAAAUUCCAACAUGUCAAACUGAAAGUAAAAAACCAGGAAGUUGUCAGGGAGACAAAGAGAUUGAGAGCAGAGACACAGUAUGAUUUGUACGGUCCGAAAGAGAAGGGCUAAUAAAACACUGAAGAAUCAGAAACAUAUAUAGUAUAUAGUAUAGGAAGAGUAAUUACAUUUAUAUAAGGGGCAUAUAUUGAGAACAAGGCAGAUACAUAUAUAUUCAGGUAGCCUUUGGACAUGCUGUAAAUGAAAUCAGAAUGUGGAAUUUACUCUUCGUAACUCUGCUGAUCCCGCAACCAGUUUUUUCUCAGUUUGGUGCCAGUUACGAUAAAUGUGAGCACUGUAAAAAAUUAAGAGACCCUCCAGCAACAGAACAGUUCCAGAAGUAUCUUCAGAACGUGAAGAGUUAUGACAAUUGCCCAAGUAAUAGAGUCAGGUUUAAUGUUGAAAAUGCUUUUUUCUGUGCAGAAAAUACACAAGACUGGGUGAAAAGCUUAAAGGCGUGUCUUGACAAUAAGAUCAAUUCCUGCCUUAAGACAGUUGAUGCUGGACCUAAUAAAGACUUUUCCAAGGGCUCAGCUAAAGACCUGAGCAUGUUGCCUUCAACAACUGCAGAUUAUGCAACAAAGAUCCUUGGGAACAUCUUAAAAAAAGAAUACACUGUUACAUCUACCCAACCUACUAUGACCACAACAGAAAAUCCAGGUCAAACAAACCUGGAGGUGCAUACACAACAAGAUUCUGAAAAACUACAAGAUGAGAUCCAUCCAACGUCGGCAGAAGAGCUUGAAAGAAAGAUGCAAAACUCAACAGUGGCCAUAAUCUCAUUAAUUAUUAUUUGUCUUUUCUUGACUUCCAUUGUUACUUUCUUUAUCUGCAACAGGAAAAAAAACAGUAGCCGGCAUUUAUCAAAGAUUUUAUGUGCAUUCAAUGAGACAAAAUAUGAUAAAGCUGGGACAGAUGUGACGUGAUCUGCUUGUUUGAGAUUUUUUAUGUAAUAUGGAAAUUACUUUUAAUAAUAGAAUUCCUGCCACAAAAAAAAAUAAAUAAUACAGGUAAUGUACAGCCCUUUCAAAAAUCUGGGAUAAUAAAAUGAGCAAUAUACAGUAUUUUUAGAUAUCACCUAUUAGUUUCACUUGCAAUUUAAAAGUCUUUAACUUAAAGGGACAUUAAACACUAAAUACAUUUUAUAAGUAUAGUAUUAAGUUUAUUUCCUGAUUACCUGUAGUUAUGGGGGCUGUCUGGCCAGGUUGUAAUCUAUUUUAUAUUACAUUCCAGCACAUGUGCAGAAACCUGAAAUCCUUCAGAUACCUGCAAUGUAACCUAGGUUCCAAAAUGGCAGCGCCCAUGAAUAGAGGAAGUUGCAUGAAAUGUAUUUAGUGUCACUUUAAAGAACUUUAUUAUGCCAAAAAAUGUUUAGUAUUUUUCAAUGUUCAUUCAUGUACAUGACAGAAAAAAAAAUAGUUUAAUGUCCUUUAAAGUGUAAGCUUUCUUGGCGAGGAAAUAUACAUAUUCUUUAUCUGUGUUAAACAAAAAAUAAUUUAAGAACUUUAUGGAAAGGAGCAAAUAUUUACUUUUUUGUAUAUACUUAGCUGUAAUUAGUCAUAGCUCCUAUAAAUUAUCUGUGGUAACCUUAAAUUUGUGUCUGGGUCUGUUCAAUAUCAAUAUUGUAAUGAUUACAUUAAGAGAUAAUGAACCAGGUCCCAUUACAUUUGAGUUGUGCUAUAUUUUGUUUCAUGAAUUGUUUCCUUUCAGAAUAUUACUUUUGUAUUGAGAAUAUUUAUAGUAUAGUAUAUACAUUGAAUAUAUACACCCAUUCUGUGAAUUAGGUGAGACUAUGCUAUUACAUGCAGAAAUGCUACAUGAGGGAACAUAAUCAGAUAGAUGAUUCAUUAUUAAUUGAACAUUUAUUAAUAGAAUCAAUAUUAUUUUUGGCCUUUGUGGAAGUCUAGACACAGAACCAAAACAUAGUCAGGAAUUACUAUGAGGCCAUUUAUAGAGCAACAUUAAAUGUAAUGUUGAAUUCCCCCCAGAACAUGUUUUAUUACACAUAGUAAUAAAAAUGUAGUAAUGUUCUUUCGUUGUUUAUUUUGUCUCACUUUUCUUGUAAUUUAAAUGGGCAGUAAACACAUUAAGAUGUUAAUACACAAUGUGUAAGUAUACAUAGUAAAACAACUUUGCAAUAAACUUUUAUUUAUUUUGUCCCCUUUUCGUGUAAUUUAGCUCUGAAAAUUGCUAUAUAUACUUCCCUAAUUGGCUGGUUCAAAUAAGGCAAGUGGUGGUAGAGUUUUGUUCCUCAUAAAACAAUUUCAACAAACAAGAUCUUAAUUUGUUUUAAAAAUGUAUAUACUUGGGCUGGCUAUUUUAUUUUAAAGCAAGGCAACAUAAAUGUCUUGCAAGUAAAUGUGUUUAGUGUCUCUUUAACUAUAGCAACUUCCUCCAAAGAUACUCAAGUGCAUUAUGUAGACUUCAGGAUCCACAUAGCUUGAUUAAUGCAGGAGCUUAUGUAUAUAUAUAUAUUCCUAACUGGCCAGAGCAAAGCAGAUAAGAUAAGCUUACUAAAGAUGAUUUUAAGAGGCAUGUGCCUGCACAUAGGGCUAUAACAUAAAUGAAAGAGACUUGCAAUAGAUGUACGUUGGUCAAAUGUCCUGGGACUUCAAAACUUACUGACAUCUCAUCUGCGUCCAGAGUUCUAGGGCAAAUUAUGUAUCUGGAGAUAAAUAUUGAAAGUCCUAAAGACCAAAGACAUAUGUAGAAAAGUAUCCAUCAUGGUUACUAUCUUCAGUUGGAUCUUGACUCACAUUUUUAUUUUAUACAGGAUCUGUAGAUUGUUAUUAGUAUUUUCACAGUUUUACUAGCUGUGAGCAUCAACUGUGCCGGACGUGGCAGGUACAAGCAGUAAAGGGGGUGCAGUUGAGAGAAAUGUGAGAGAGUUUGUGUGGAAGGGAAGUAUAGUAUCCAGUACAAGUGCCCUUAGGAGAAGGACUAUUUGACCCUUAGAAGGAGGGGUGCAUUGUGGUGGGGCAAAAAGGGGUUCAUUUUCCUCCCUUUAUUUAUUGAAGAGAGGAAUAAAUGUCACUCUUUUUUUAGUAUGUUAGAAGAUAGUAUCCCUUCCUAACAUCCAGUAAUAUCUAAAAUGUCGAUACUUUGGCAGGGGAUGAGGCUGCUAAAACAGCUGCUGAGUGUUCUAGAAAAUUCAAAUCCCCUCCUAUGGGCAUUUCUGGAGCCAACUGGUGAGGACACAUUCAUACAGAAAGAAAAGCUCUCUACCAGGAACAAACAACAGCUCAGUAGCUUGUUCUAUGGUGAGUUACCACCAAGGAGCAGCCUCUUUUAGCCCAAUUGUGCUUUUUACAGAGGACAACGUUCCUGAAGUAUAUCAGUCUGAUUUCACCUAAUAAGGUCAGUCCAGCCCUGAAAUACCAGGCAAUCCUCCUCUGAACAAGGAACAUGACAACCCCAGACGAUCGUUUCAGCUUUCAUAGCGACUUAUCAGUGCAGCCAUAUUCCUCUAAGCACACUUGACAAUGAUUCCACAUCUGGUUUCCCCCAUCAUCCUUAUGGAGACUUCCCCAUGGUCAUAAUACAAAUGCAUUAUUUGAGAAGGACACAUUCUCAGGAGGUGGCUAACAUGUUCAGACUGAAGGAAAGAGUGAACCCAGAUAGAUAAUAGGUGUGUGGAGCAGCCAUUUUCUCUCUGUGGUGUGGUCUGGCUUAUCCACCAUUUUCUUUUGUUUGUAUGCACACUCACAUACUUUGGCAUGGGGUUCUUUAGAGCAGUUAAGAAGUUGGUUAGCAGAUAAACUGGGGAACGGUUGGGGGAUAUUACCUCCAGAAACUUUAAUAUAGCCCUAGUAAAAAAAAAAUGUAGCUUUUUGUCAGUUAUUUAUACAAUGUGUUUUAUUGCUGUUUUGCUGUUGUAAGCAUUCAAAUAAAGUGUUAUAAAACUCCUGCAGCCAAAUAUUUUCUCCAAAA